AUGCGGUAUAACAGGAAUGAAGUGUACAUAAGAACCAUCCCAACUGUCAUUCCUCCGAAGAUCUCCGAAGCUCAGUUUUUGCCGUGUGUUUGCGUGUGGGUGUGGGUGUGUGUGUGUGGGUGGGUGGGUGCAUGCAUCACUUUCUCAUCACCUGAAGACUCCUGCACUUUUUUGAGCCAACCUUCUCAAGUCAGCUUGCACUGCAUCAUGAUACAGAGAGUUACUCUGACUUUGUUUCUCUGGGGUAGUUGUGGUUGGCUCAUCUCAAACUGUGAAGGCCAAGGCUUGUUUCCAGCAAUGACUGUCGGAAACUGCUCCUGUAAACUUGGCCAUGGAAAGUGUGCUGAAGAUGGUGAUUGCAGAUGUGACCCAGGUUGGGGAGGACCCUUCUGUGAGGACUGUGUGCGGAUGCCCGGCUGUAUCCAUGGCUCCUGUCAUCAGCCAUGGCAGUGCACCUGUUUGGAUGGCUGGACAGGACGCUUCUGUGACAAAGAUAUUCAUGUGUGUGAAAAUGAGAAGCCAUGUCAAAAUGGGGCCACCUGUUUUCUAACUGAUGCCGGAGAGUACAACUGUUUGUGUCCUGAAGGCUUCCAUGGAAAAAACUGUGAGUUAAAGACCGGGCCGUGCCAUAAAAUCAAGACCCCCUGUAAGAAUGGUGGCUUAUGUGAGGAUCUAGGUGGCUUUGCACCUGAGCUAACUUGUCGAUGCCUAGUCGGCUUCACAGGCCCUCGCUGUGAGACCAAUAUGGAUGACUGCCUGAUGCGCCCCUGUGCGAAUGGUGCUACUUGCGUGGAUGGUGUGAACCGCUUUUCAUGCCUCUGCCCCGCUGGGUUCACAGGCCGUUUCUGCACAGUCAACCUGGAUGACUGUGCCAGUCGACCAUGCCUCAAUGGAGGCCGCUGUAUAGACCGCGUGAACAACUUUCACUGCCUGUGUCCUGCUGGAUACACAGGUCGAACUUGUGAGAUUCCACUGGCGGUCAAGGAGCUCCAAACCCAAGCACCACACAAGGACUCCUUUGGCUGGGGAGGAGGAGGGUUCUCAGAAAUCUCCAAAAAUCCCCACAUUACUGCAAAUAAACCACACACUUACACCUCAGGAAACUACUCUCAUGGGGUUACAACCAAUGGAGAUAAAGGCCAUCUGUUAAAAAUUUCUGUAAAGGAGGUAGUGACUCAGAGUGCACAACCAGGACUCUCAGAGGAACAUUUUUUAAUCCUGCUGGUAUUAGGAGGCCUGACUCUGGCUGUGGUGGCUCUUACAGCUGGCCUGGUGCUACGAGGACACUGGCAGAAUAUAUGUGUCUGCAAUCAUUGUAGAGCACCGACCUCCAAACAACAUUCAUUCCAGCGAUGUCGCAUGCAGCAGCGCCACUUAGCUGCCACUCAGCAGGACUGUAAGAUCAGCUUCCUACACUCAUCUGCUGCACCUGAGCUGGAGAAGAAGAGACUAAACACAGAGGUCAUAUGAAGAUAUGGGGGGAAAAGUCUUGACUUCUCAUAAUAAAGAUGGGUCAUGUUUAAUGAAACGUAAUGGCCCGGUCACAUCAGCUGUCAUUCAUGAAGAAAAGUUGGCUAUUAAAGAGCAGGUAAAGUGAAAGAACAAGAAACAGCCUUGAGGGAGCAUCUAUAUGAAAGGACUAUAGGAAUGUUUCAUUACCACACAGUCUUCAGAAGUACCGCAAUGAAGAAAAUUACUGUACUAUUCCUAUUUUAUACAAAAAAAACUCGCUCUUAAACCUAAGGGUGUUUUGUUCCAUUUUAGUGCCCCAAGUGGUCACCAACUGAUGACUCGGCAUCAGGCUUUUUUUCUGCAUAUGUGAACACAAUAAAUGAACUCAGAUUCCUCUAAAGUGACACACAAAAGAAGUAUACACAGUUAGUUUGUGGUUAAUUUUGUGGUCCACUCGAUUUGUUCUUCACAUUUUGACAUUGCAUUUGACUUUUUCAGUCUAAUCUGCUUUAAAAAAAUCACAUUUGCUACAAGGGAAUAGUAAAGACGUAUAUAAUAGUGAUUAGUGUAGACUUCUCAGAGUCUUUAAAGGUAGAAGUUGCCAAUGUGGGGACAGCUGUCUUGUAAAUAAUAAUUGAAUAUUUGUGUUGUUUUAUAUAUGUGUAUAAUGGGAAUUUUUGUACAAAUGUUGGAAAAUUUAUAAUGGGUCCAAGCACACUGUGCUGGAGACUUCGUGUUUUCUUUUUUUUUUUUUUUUGAUGAUGGUGAUGGAGAGAUGACAGAAAGGUGCAUUUCCCCUAUAAUAUAGGCAAAUAUGGGGACCUUGAUCAGUCUCUUAGUGACCCUAUAGCACACAGUUGUUGUUUUUUUUUUGCUUGCUCUUUUUUCCUCAUAUAAUCUGACUGCAAGACAGUUCCAGUCUAUUGAAUUUUAAAAUAAUUCACAUAAUUAUGCUAAACUUAACAUUGCACAUCUAGACCUCUAGCAUUUCCAAACAUGACCACCACAUGCCAAUUAAUCCUUCCAGGGUGGAGCUGGUAAGCGUGGAUAACUCAUGAAGACUUGGAUGGAUUCUCAUUUAACUUGAAAGUCUACAGAAAAUAAUUUUAGGGGUCAACCAAAUAAUUGCUUUUCAGCGAUUGCUUAUCGGUUAGCAGGCUGCAUCUCUGUGCUUGUCUCUAAAGUAGUCAAGGAUUAUGUUUUGUGAAAUUGAAUGCUGUCAGUCAAAUUCAAAAUUAGUCUGGCUUUUAACAGGCUUACCAUUGGCCAUGCUGUCAGUAAUGUCGUUAUUAGAUUUGAAGUCUGUAUCUCAAGAGAGACCAAAUGACAAAAAAGCUGCAUUUCCAUUUUAUUUGUAACCUUUAUUAUUUAAUAUCAUUCUCAUUAUUUUUUUAAAAUCAAUCAACAUCUGGUUCAUUUUGUUCAGUUGACAUGCAGAUUAAACCGAACAAAAAAAUAACUGGAUUUUCACAAUAUCAAACUUUGCAGCAAAGACGCCAAAAAAAUAAAGGCCAUUUCCAUGCAGAUCUUAUUGUUCUUACAUAAACUGUGGUAAUAUUUAGCAGCCCAUCAUGAGGGUGCCCAGAUUUUGUCAUUUGACCACAAUGUGGUCCUAAAUCAUACAAAUAACCAAACAGAACUUCAUGAACUGUUUUGUUUUCCUUGAAUGUCUGGAACAUGGAUUCAUUGUAUGGAAAAGUUUCCUUGUCACCUUGUUGAAUUAUCUGCCAUUCAGAAUAGGAACAAAGUCAAUCUUUUUUAUUUCUCUGCAUAGAAAUUUUCAUAAAACUUCACUUGAUCCAGAUUUGUUCCACUUAUUAUGUGAUCCAUUAGACAACCACAAAGACAACAAACAGGAAAUCAGGAUAUAGUUUUAAUCUCUUUUAUGCAUUUACACCAAAAUGUGUAUUUUUCUUAAGAGGAAUACAUUUGACAGUUAAGCAGUGCUCCAAGUAAAGAAGUGAGAUCAUAUCUCCUGAACAAUUUCCUGUACCAAAUUUUAUACCUAUCUUUGGCACUAUUCCAAGUGCCCACAACAUUGUGAGUUAUUUGGCCUUACAGGUAGAGUGUGUCUAUAUCUCUACAACACUUGUGUGACACUGAACCUGAGACUCAACACUACAUAUUUGACCUGAUCCAUGAUGUGCAGAUAGAUCAAUAGGGCAAUAAAUGCAGUGUUGGACUUGCUUGGGAAAUAAUACUUGCAAUCUACUAACCAUUAUUUGCAGCUAUAUUUUUAUUAUCUUAAUAAGCGUGAUCUCCAUCAUUGGAACUCUUUAGAUAAAAAACUUUGAUGUACAGCAAUAUAGGAGCAACAGUAUUUUUUAAAUAUAAAUCUAAUUUAUUUCUGUAAAUUAUUGGUGUAAUGUGUACUUGAGUAUUUCAAUGUGUAUUUUUGAUACUGAGUAGAUACUGAGUUGUAUUAAUAUUGUAGAGAAUAACAAAAUUCUCUUGUAAAAUAUUUAAAGGACACCUUAAUGUCAUGCCACAUCAUACAUCAUUCGUUUCUGACUGAACUGAUCACAUCGUAAUUCAUGGCAUUUGCAGGUAAAGAAGAAGACAUGUUUUUGUAAUCCUCAGUAUUUAGACAGAAGGAAAUGUGAUUCAUUUAUUUAAGCUCAUUGGUUCCUAUUUCAGGACACAAAAGCAAUA